GCGGCGGCGGCGGGAGAGGGCGCCCGGCGCCGGCCCGCAGCUCCUGGGGCAGCGCAGCCCCGACACCGCCGCGCCGCCCGGCCUCCCCGAGUUGCCCCAGCCAUGUCUUCCAGCUCCCCCCCGGGCGAGCAGAAAAGCCGGAGCCUGGGCCGGCUGUCGCUGCCCAGGAAAGGCAGUAUGACGCCCGGUAAGAAGCCCUCGGCGCUGGAGCUGGCCGAGAGCACCCCCAACGCCCACUACGCCCCACUCUCCGCCGCCCAGGGCGGGCAGCCGCCGGCGGGCUGCAGCCCGGAGCCGGAGCGGCCGCUGCGCCUGAAGAGCGAGGUGGUGGUGGUGAACGCCGACUGUCCGCGGCCCCCCGUCAGCCUCGACCCCCGCGUCUCCAUCUACAGCCUCCGCAAGCCCCUGCUGAGCCGCAGCAGCGUCCAGGGCAGGGUCUACAACUUCUUGGAGCGGCCCACGGGCUGGAAGUGCUUCGUGUACCACUUCACCGUCUUCCUUAUUGUGCUGAUAUGCCUUAUUUUCAGCGUGCUUUCUACAAUUGAACAGUAUGCAGCUCUUGCUACAGGGACGUUAUUUUGGAUGGAAAUUGUAUUAGUGGUAUUCUUUGGAACAGAAUAUGUGGUUCGGUUAUGGUCAGCAGGAUGCCGCAGUAAAUAUGUUGGAAUAUGGGGAAGACUUCGUUUUGCUAGGAAGCCUAUUUCAAUCAUUGAUUUAAUUGUAGUUGUUGCUUCCAUGAUAGUUCUUUGUGUGGGCUCUAAAGGUCAAGUCUUUGCAACCUCAGCUAUCAGGGGCAUCCGUUUUCUGCAGAUUUUACGAAUGCUGCAUGUUGACCGUCAGGGUGGUACAUGGAGGCUGCUGGGAUCAGUUGUGUUCAUACACAGACAAGAACUGAUAACUACACUUUACAUUGGAUUUCUGGGCCUGAUUUUUUCCUCUUAUUUUGUGUACCUGGCUGAAAAAGAUGCUGUAAAUGAUUCUGGAGAAACAGAGUUUGGCAGCUAUGCAGAUGCCCUGUGGUGGGGAGUAGUGACUGUUACAACUAUCGGCUAUGGGGAUAAAGUGCCUCAGACCUGGAUAGGAAAGACGAUUGCAUCUUGUUUUUCAGUAUUUGCAAUUUCAUUUUUUGCACUACCUGCGGGAAUUCUUGGUUCAGGCUUUGCCCUAAAGGUACAACAGAAACAACGACAGAAGCAUUUCAACCGUCAAAUUCCAGCUGCUGCCUCUCUCAUACAGACUGCAUGGAGAUGCUAUGCAGCAGAAAACCCAGACUCUUCUACAUGGAAAAUAUACAUUCGAAAACCUGCCAGAAAUUAUCAUUUGCUGUCACCCAGUCCAAAACCGAAGAAAUCAGUGAUGGUUAAAAAGAAGAAAUUUAAGUUAGACAAGGACAAUGGGCCUUCUUCUCCAGAUAGAAUGUUAACUGUUCCACACAUCACUUAUGACCAUGUGACUGAGGACAGGAAACCUGAUUUCAGUUUUGAAGCUUAUGAAAAUUCUGGACAAACAGGAAUGUUAAAAUUGCUUGAUUGUCAGCGCUCCUGGCCAUCCUUUUCUGCAGACCAGCAGUCUUCCAGUGCUCCUUCCUCUCCAGUGAAAAAAAGCCCAACGUUUUUAGAUGUGAACACAGGACCCUUCAUCAGGACCAACAGCUUUGCCGAUGAGCUUGACCUGGAGGGUGAGACACUGUUGACCCCAAUAACUCACAUCUCACAGCUGCGAGAACACCACCGUGCUGCAAUUAAGGUGAUUCGUAGGAUGCAGUAUUUUGUGGCAAAGAAAAAGUUUCAGCAAGCUAGAAAGCCCUAUGAUGUCCGAGAUGUUAUUGAGCAGUAUUCGCAGGGCCACCUCAACCUGAUGGUGCGAAUCAAGGAGUUACAGAGGAGGUUGGACCAAUCCAUAGGGAAGCCAUCUCUUUUUAUCUCCGUCUCAGAAAAAAGCAAAGAUCGAGGGAAUAACACGGUUGGUGCCAGGCUGAACAGAGUGGAGGACAAGGUUACACAAAUGGACCAGAAACUGAACCUCAUUACAGAUAUGCUGCAUCAUCUGGUUUCCCGUCAGCAGGGGGAUCAAGGAAACAACAGAUCAUCUCAGAGAGGCAACAAUGUCAAUUCAGAUCUUUUUCUCCCUAAUAACACCCUGCCGACCUAUGAGCAACUGACAGUACCAAGAAGAAACGAAGAUGAUGUAUCCUGAUGUGGUAUAAGUCUGGGUUGGGUUCUUCCCACCUUUCUCCUUUAAAUGGGACUGAAUGUUGAGAACCUGGAAGGAAUUAAGUUCAUCAGCCAUCCAAGAAAACACGCUCAAACUGUACCUGUACCACUAGUCUCAAACACGCUCUUCUAAAGCCGCUCGUAAUAGCCAAAGGAUUGCCAGGCUGUCUUCUACCAGGCAAAACUUACUGAAGCUCCACAUUGAUUUUGUUCAUUAGCAAAUAAUCACAACUCGUUAUUUCUCAGAAAGACCAAAAUGAUGUAAAGACAGUCAAAAUGGCAAGGAUUUAGAGCUCCUUUAAUAAUAAUAAUAGUAAUAAUAAUAUUCUAAUAAUACUUGAACUUAGAUGGAAAAAGUGCAUUCUGUUUAUGAAUCUGCAGAUAGCAAUAUGUUUCUACUACUAAGGUUUUUAAAACAAACUAGGAUAACUUAUGUUGUUUUUACUGCAUAAACGUACACUAACAUUCUAGAGAAUGACAAACCACAUACUGAAUGAUUUGCUUUUUUUCUGUUUUAUUUUAACAUUGCUACAUAAACAGUUAUCAGAUAAUGACCAGAUUUUUUAAAUCUGUUUUUCUUCAGGGAGGAACUAAUCCUUAAUCUGGAACAAUACUAUUUAUAGUGGAAAGUGCUAUAGAUUUUUUAAGAUAUCAGUUUUUCAUGGGGAGACAAUAAAGUAUUACAUAGAAAAAAUGAUUCUGCUUUCUAGAAAAUUGUUGCCAAAGAAUUUAUAUAUAAAUAGAAAACACAGUGGUCUGAAUGUACUUGUCCUGAAAUAGCUUUUUAAAAAGAAGGCCCACUACUUCAUAAAUCUUCUGCUUUUUAGCUUACAGUCACCAAGAAUAGUACAAGAGGCUGAAGUCACUGGACUUGCUGGUCAAGUGCUUGAGCUGGCCACUUCCUGAGCAUCCAUAAUCCUUGCAGAAAUUGAGGCCCCAGUUCGGGAAAGCACCUCUCAUCCAGACAGCAUAUAUGACAAUUUGAAUAGUUUCCUGAAUAAUGUCUGGAGAAAUUCAACUCCCUACAAGAGUCAUUUGGUAUUGAAAAGUGCCAGCUCUAAUUUAGAGGACCGAGGGCCUCGGCUACAACCCAUGGAGCUGAACCACAUUACCCCACAUGAUAGCUGCAAUAAAGCCAGCAGUGUUUGGCUCACUGUGAUUUUUCGCAUACACAACAUGAGCAGGAUUUGGGCUUUGAUUACUAAGGUUGAAAUUUAGCCCUUGCAGGUAGUCAUCACCUGUACCAUAUCAGCCCUGCUUUAAAGUGGACAGAGUGUCAGGAAAAUCUAUUUAGUCCAAUGUGGUGGUGGUGGUAGCCUGUACCGCUGGCAAAAGAAGGAGAAGUAGACAGAUUUAUCAGCUCUUGCACUUUGAGCAUCAUACACAUCCAGUGCACCCUGUUUCCCUCACUGCACAGCCUGUGCCCCGUGGUGGUCUCUCUCCCUCUCCUGGAAAACCGAUGCCCUAAAGCCUCGUAACUUUGCACAGCAGUUAACGUCACCAGUCUUUAAUCUCCUUGAGCAGUCUGAAAUACUGAUGUGUGAUGAACUGAGAUCGCAGGGAACCUUCUUACAGUGCUGCUCAUAUUCCGGGCUUUCUUUUCAACAUUUCAUCUCUUUCACUUGGACUGCAGAGAAAAGUAUACUGUAUUUAACUUUACAGAUUAUGUUACAAUUAUCCAGCCUUGCUGCUGUACAGCAGAUAAAUGUUAAGGCUGCAGAAAUUUACAGGCAUAAACAGGAAUUGUAUCUGGGCAUUAUGUUUUAUAGGAAUCAAAAUUAUUGUCAUGAUUUUGAACAUUUUUUAAAUGAGAUUCACGAUGUAAUUUCAGGUUAUCAAUCAGCCUGUUAAUUUCCUAAUAAAAUACAGGACAA